GGUAAUUGUCCAUAUUUAUCUUCACUCUAUCAAUCCACAAUACUACACACAGAGACAAAUCACAUCGUCAUCAUGCUUCCACCAGCACUGAACAUCCCCAAAUGGCUCGAAACCAACUCCCACCUCCUCCAACCCCCCGUAAACAACUACUGCGUCUACCACCCCUCCUCACCCGCCACACAAGGCUACACAGUAAUGAUAGUCGGCGGUCCCAACGCCCGAACAGACUACCACAUCAACACGACGCCCGAAUUCUUCUACCAAUAUAAAGGCUCCAUGCUCCUCCGCACCGUCGACGAAUCCGCCACCCCGCCCACCUUCCAAGACAUCCCGAUCCACGAGGGAUCGCUGUUCCUGCUGCCGGCGAAUACGCCUCACUGUCCCGUACGGUUCAAGGAUACGGUGGGCGUGGUGAUGGAGCAGCCGCGGAAGGAAGGGGCGGUGGAUGCCAUGAGGUGGUAUUGUCGUAAUAAGGAUUGCGGGGAGGUGGUGUGGGAGAAGAAGUUUGUUUGUACGGAUUUGGGGACGCAGGUUAAGCAGGUUGUGGAGGAGUUUGCGGGCGAUGAGGAGAAGAGGACGUGUAAGGCUUGUGGGGUUGUCGCGAGGUCGAAGUAUGAGGAGGGGGAGGUGGUGCAGCCUUAGUUGUAGGACUUCUUAGGAGGGGUUGUUUGUUGGGUAGUGUUUAGUUAAGAGUUGACUGGGUGGUGUUGUGGUGAAGAG